CGCUACCGUAUGCGUAGCGAACACGCUACCAUAUACGUACCGUAGUCGGACCCGAUACACCGUAUAAUACAGGUCGUCGACGCCCUAAUUUGGCAAAAGCUUUUCCGCGCAAUCGAUCGCAGAGUUUUCGCGCGAACAAGAAACCUCCAGCUCCCCGCUCCGCUCGAAUCGCCCCGCCGCCAUGGCGCAUUACCGGCGCCGCGGCUGCCUGCGCCGUGCCCUCACCAUCGCCGGCGGUGUGUCGGCCGGCCUCCUCCUGCUCGCCGGCGGCCAUACCUACGCCCACGGCCAGCUCUUCUCGCCGGGCUUGCUGCCCCUCGGCCUCGGCGCCGACCGCUCGCCGUCCUUCGCCCCGCCGCCCUUCGCUCUCUCGCCGCUGCCGCCCUACCUCCUCUCAGACUCGGAGGCCGACGCCUCGCCCCCGCAGCCGGAAGCCAACCUCCCGCGGCGCCUUCUGCCCCUCCACCGCACGCCGCCGCCCUUCGCUCUCUCGCCGCUGCGGCCCUACCUCGUCUCAGAUUCAGAGUCCGACGCUGAGCCCCCGCAGCCGGAAACCACCCUCCCGCGGCGCCUUCGGCCCCUCCAUCGCUCGCCGCCGCCCUCACCCUUCCUGGGCUUGGACUCGGAAGCCGAUCGCUCGCACGACGACGCGGACGCAGUCUUGCUCCCGGACUGGGAGGUUCUUGUCCUGACUGACGCUGAGCCUGGCGCCAAGGCGACGUGCGCCUUCCAGGGUGGAGCGUCGUCCCCGGCGAGCGCGCUCGGGAGGCUGCCGGGGUCGGGCCGCCACGCCUACAUCUGCCCAAUGCCUGAGCCUGCCCGGAGCCUCCAGCCGCUCCAAGCGCCCGUGCUGCUCCCCACCUCGGCUUCCUCUGCCGAUUGCCCUGGCCGCGCAUUGCUGAAUUGGACCGGCCGGAUCGCGUUCAGCUCUGCAACACUCGACAGUGGCGAUGUUCUUGUCUUUGCAAAGGGCGUCAACCAUGUUGCUGGCGGUGUCCAAUGCCUGUAUCGCUACUGCGGCGAGACCCAUGCCGUGGUGGCCUCCUUCCCGGCCAUCACGUCCGUACAGCAGGUUACCCGGUGCCCCGCUCCACCGAUCCAUCUGAACUCUAGGAACACAGAGUUCCGUGUCACCGUGGCAGCCACGGGCGAGGACCCAAUCCCGACACUCGUGACUUAUCGUCCCCGGCAGAGUGAAAGUGGCUCGCUGGUGGCACCGGAAAAGAACCUGAUUUGUGCAUGCACCAUGAUCCACAACGUCUCAAAGUUUCUUCGCGAAUGGGUGCUGUAUCAUGCCGCUAUCGGGGUGGACCACUUCAUCCUGUAUGACAAUGGAAGUAAGGAUGACUUGGCAGAUCAAGUCGCUCAGUUGAGGUCCGCUGGAAUCAAAAUCUCUACCGUGCCCUGGCCAUGGAUCAAAAUGCAGGAAGCCGGCUUCUCCCAUUGUGCUGCAACGCACCAGAGCUCUUGCAGGUGGAUGGCCUUUAUUGACGUCGACGAGUUCGUUUUUUCGCCCAACUGGGAACGAUCUGAGAAACCGUCAAAAUCGAUGCUUGAAGAGAUUGUUCAGGUUGAUCCAGAUGUCGGGCAGGUAUAUCUGUGGUGCUUUGAUUUUGGCCCCUCUGGCCAAACAUCACACCCACAGGAGGGUGUCAUCCAAGGAUACACAUGCCGUCUGAAGAGGUUUCUACGGCACAAAUCGCUGGUUCUGCUUGCUGCAGUGGACCAUUCUUUGGAGAAUGCAAUUCACCACUUCACACUGAAGGCUGGUUUCAAAAGUAUACGGAGCAUGCAGGCACGUGUGAACCAUUAUAAGUACCAGGCGUGGACCGAGUUCAAGCAUAAGUUCAAACGACGAGUGUCCGCCUACGUGGCUGACUGGAGAGAUCCAAUCAACCUUGAGUCCGCUGACCGGACCCCCGGCUUAGGUGUUGAUGGAGUCGAACCGGUUGAUUGGGCUCAAAGGUAUUGCGACAUCAAGGAUAACCUGCUUCAGAAAUUGAGCUCAAGAUGGUUCGGUAACGGAUUGGGAAGUCCGGGAUCUCAGGAUACUUAGGCUUGGCAGUAUCUGUAACCUGCGACUGUCUAGAAGGAUCCAGAGGCAUUAGAGAUGGAACUGUAAUCUAGUUUAAACCUGUCUCCUUGCCUCCCAAGAUCAAUCUAGAUACCAAUCUGUACAUCGCUUGCCACGUUCGGCACCUAUAAAUAAACAUCACGCGGCCUCCAAUGGAGCUGUAGCAUUUCAUCAACACCGCCACCACCAUCUCGGAGGAAUUCCUGUCCAGCGCUGACAAGGAUGGGAAGCAGCACUGACAAAUCCUUUCAUAAGGUUCACAGGAUGGCAGUUUAAGUUUGUUGAAGGUUUGGUAUCACUUCUGCUCCAGGUAGGACAUCUUUGAGCAGGACACCAUGCACAAAAGGUUUGGUACUAAUUGCUUGAAAAAAUCGUGCUUUUUGCAGCACCAUCCUGUUGAGCCAUGAGAUUUGAACCAAUGAAUUCAGAUAACAUCUACCAUGUUUAUGGAUCACUACAUGUUCCAUUGGAAGUGGAACAAUGUUUGCUACUUAAUUCUCAAAGAAAUCGUGCUUUCGCAUCACCAUCCUGUGGAACCACGAGGCCUGAUCCAAUUAUUUCAGAGAACAUGUACUAUGUUUAUGGAUCACUACAUGUUCUGGUGGAACAAGAUAUGCAAGGGUCGCAACUCUAAAAAAGACUUCUGUUGUUGGAGAAGGAAUUAAUCCAUCACAGUGCUCCCUAAGAGGGCACAACCUGCUGCUAUGGUUCCUGAAACGACAUCAUUCUCUGCAAUCCAGUACAUGGGGACCUGCUCAGGAUGUGCCAGGUAAGAUCAUUUCAAAGCAGAGGGUGGCAAAUUUGAUGCAGUGAUUGCUGUCAAAUGGGCCGAGGAACAAACCACGACUCGAGAUGAAUCACUUGCGUGAGAUUCCGAUUCGCCGAUCCAGUUCUAUGGCUCGACCUGAAGCCUCGAAGGCCGUUAGCAGGGAGAUGCCUGUUGAGUUGCUAAGCUUUCCCUCAUGAUGUGACAGUGUUUAGAGGCAAGAUUAGUUUCGCUUGCAGAACCAACAAUCUCCUUCAUCUGGGUGCUAGCUACAGUAUAUAAUGACCUAUAGUGUCCGAUGGCUAUAUUAUGGAGUAUAUCGGUUAUAGAUUAUGCAUGUCUGUGCAGUGAUGAACCAGAUGCCUCUUUGGAGGAACCUAGUUUAACCCCACAAGUGAAAAGGGAGGUUGUGUGUAGCAAUCAGAAUUUCUAUAUAUGCAUCCGUGAGAUAUGAGAAUUUUCGUUCCGUGA